GUCACAGGCUCCAAGCCUCUCGGCUUCCAGAGCGAACUGAGCGCGCGAGAAUGGAGGUCUCCCUCUCAGCCCUGGGCCCCUUGGUCACCGAGCUGUAUGACGCGCAGGCUUUCAAGUUCGGGAGCUUUGUACUGAAAAGCGGGCUCUCCUCCCCAGUCUACAUCGACCUGCGGGGCAUCGUGUCACGCCCGCGUCUUCUCAGUCAGGUCGCAGACAUUUUAUUCCAAACUGCCAAAAAUGUUGGGAUCACUUUUGACAGUGUGUGUGGCGUCCCUUAUACAGCGUUGCCACUAGCGACAGUUAUCUGCUCAGCCAAUCACAUUCCCAUGCUCAUUAGGAGGAAGGAAACAAAGGAUUAUGGUACCAAGCGCCUUAUAGAAGGAGAGAUUAAUCCUGGGCAGACCUGUCUGGUCAUUGAGGAUGUCGUCACCAGUGGGGCCAGUGUUUUGGAGACUGUUGAAGUCCUUCAGAAGGAGGGUCUAAAGGUGACUGAUGCCAUAGUGCUGCUGGACAGAGAGCAGGGAGGCAAGGACAAGCUGCAGGCCCAGGGCGUCCGUCUCCACGCAGUGUGCACCUUGUCCCAAAUGCUGGAGAUUCUCGAGCAGCAGAAAAAAAUUGACGCUGAGAUGGUGGGGAAAGUGAAGAGGUUCAUUCAGGAGAAUGUUUUUUCAUCAGCUAAUCAUAAUGGUUUUCCACCUCCUGAGAAGAAAGCAUGCAAAGAACUCAGCUUUGGUGCGCGAGCAGAGCUGCCUGGAAUCCACCCACUUGCCUCAAAGCUCCUCAGGCUUAUGCAGAAGAAGGAGACCAAUCUGUGUCUGUCUGCUGAUGUGUCGGAGGCCAGAGAGCUGCUGCAGCUAGCAGAUGCCUUGGGACCCAGCAUCUGCAUGCUCAAAACUCAUGUCGAUAUUCUGAAUGAUUUUACUCUGGAUGUGAUGGAGGAAUUGACCACUCUGGCAAAACGCCAUGAGUUCUUAAUAUUUGAAGACAGGAAAUUUGCUGAUAUAGGAAACACAGUUAAAAAGCAGUAUGGAAGUGGCAUCUUUAAAAUAGCUUCCUGGGCAGAUGUAGUAAAUGCCCACGUGGUACCAGGCUCAGGAGUUGUGAAAGGCUUACAGGAAGUGGGCCUGCCUUUACAUCGGGCGUGCCUGCUCAUUGCAGAGAUGAGCUCUGCUGGCUCCUUGGCCACGGGAAACUACACCAAGGCGGCAGUUGGGAUGGCUGAGGAACACUGUGAAUUUGUCAUUGGCUUCAUUUCUGGCUCCCGAGUAAGCAUGAAACCAGAGUUUCUUCACUUGACCCCAGGAGUUCAGUUAGAAACAGGAG